AUGGCACGCUCUUCCUCUCGCACAGGUUCGUGGGCACGACGCCUCCCGUGCUGCGACGGUGACGGUAGAAAUAGGUUCGGUGGCAGCAACCUCUCCCGCGAUCUCCUGCCGUCGCUCGGUGCAACGGCACAGCAGCCUCAUCCCAGGCUCAGGAAAAACCUCGUGUCACCCUACGAUCCGCGUUACAAGGUCUGGGAGAUAUUUCUGAUCCUCCUGGUGGUGUACUCGGCGUGGAUCUGCCCGCUGGAGUUCGCGUUCCUGAGGUACCUGCCCAGGGCCCCUUUCGUCGUGGACGAUGUCGUCAACGGCUUCUUCGCCGUCGACAUCGUGCUCACGUUCUUCGUCCCGUACGUCGACAGCAAGUCCUACCUCCUCGUCGACGAUCACAAGAAAAUAGCAGUCAGGUACCUGUCGACUUGGUUUGCCUUUGAUGUGUGCUCGACAUUCCCGUUCCACUCCAUCAGCCUGCUGUUCAACAGGCACGAGCACGGCCUGGGCCUCAAGUUCCUCAAUGUUCUCAGGCUUUGGCGGCUUCGUAGGGUCAGCUCCUUGUUUGCAAGGCUCGAGAAGGACAUCCGGUUCAACUACGCAGUGAUCCGCUGCACAAAGCUCAUCUCCGUUACCCUGUUCUCCAUCCACUGUGCCGGGUGCAUCAACUACCUGAUCGCGGACCGGUACCCGGACCCGAGGCGGACGUGGAUCGGCGCCGUCAUGCCGGACUUCCGCGAGGCCGGGCUGUGGAUCCGCUACGUCACGUCCCUCUACUGGUCCAUCACGACGAUGACCACCACGGGGUACGGCGACCUGCACGCCGAGAACAGCCGGGAGAUGCUAUUCGGGAUCGCCUACAUGCUGUUCAACCUCUGGCUCACCGCCUACCUUCAUCGGCAACAUGACAAACCUCGUCGUCCACAGCACCAGCCGCACCAGGGACUUUGUAUGACGGAGGGCCUCAAGCAGCAGGAGACGCUGGAUAUCCUUCCCAAGGCGAUGCGGUCAAGCAUCUCUCUCUAUCUCUUUUUCCCGGUGGUGCAAGGGUCCUACUUGUUCAAGGGAGUUUCCUCAGGUUUCAUCCAGCAGCUGGUGACGGAGAUGCAGACUGAGUACUUGGCCCCAAAGGAGGAUAUCAUGCUGCAGAAUGACAAACCGUCAGACUUGUAUCUUCUUGUAUCAGGAGCAGUGGACAUUCUGGCAUUCCUAGAUGGAACAGAGCAGGUCUAUGGAAAAGCAGCCGAGGGAGAACUGUUAGGAGAGAUUGGGGUCAUGUCCAACAAGCCACAGCCAUUCACUUUCCGGACCACAAAACUAUCUCAGAUUCUAAGGAUCGGCAGGUCCAAGCUGAUGGACAUCGUGCAAGAAAACGCAGAAGACGGUCAGAUCAUCAGAAACAACUUUCAGCAAAAACUCCGCGUGGAGCAAAGACUGUACAUUGCAAUGCAUCAAGACGAUCCGGUCCCUGCAUUUGAACGGAGGAUGGAUCCCUAA